GCCAAAAUGGCGUCCUUGCGGAUCACUCCGCUGCUGCUUUACUUCGCAUCAUUUUUAACACAAAUCAGUUCUUUAAGACUUUUAUCUGAACCAUGUUUCAAACCCAUCAAAGACGACAGACCAGACUCAGUCAAGACACAGGCCAGACCUCACGAGUACGUUAAUUUGGCGGCUCUUCCUCCGGCGUGGGACUGGAGGAACAUCGAUGGGAAGAAUUAUGUAAGCGUCACAAGGAACCAACACAUCCCCCAGUACUGCGGCUCCUGCUGGGCCAUGGGAGCCACCAGUGCGCUGGCAGACCGAAUCAACAUCAAGCGUGGGGGAGCUUGGCCGUCGGCCUACCUGUCUGUCCAGAACGUGAUAGACUGUGGGAGGGCAGGUUCUUGUUUCGGAGGAGAUCAUCUGAGAGUCUACGCUUACGCACACGAAAAAGGCAUUCCUGAUGAAACCUGCAAUAACUAUCAAGCUAUUAAUCAAAAGUGCGGGGAGUUUAAUCAGUGCGGCACGUGCUCCUUCUUCAAGUCGUGCGCUGUUAUUAACAACUACACCGUGUGGAAAGUGGGGGACUACGGAGAAGUGUCUGGAAUAGACCGGAUGAAAGCUGAACUUUACACCAACGGACCCAUCAGCUGUGCCCUGAUGGCGACCGACGGCCUGGAAGAAUAUUCCGGAGGGGUUUUCUCAGAGUUUCACCCCCUCUCUUUGCCCAAUCACAUUGUGUCUGUGGCGGGCUGGGGCGUGGACGGAGACGGGAUCGAGCACUGGAUCGUCAGGAACUCCUGGGGAGAGUUCUGGGGAGAGCAUGGUUGGGCGAGGAUCGUCACCAGCAGCUUUAAAGGAGGAAAAGGCAACUGGUUCAACCUGGGUAUCGAGAAACAUUGCGCAUAUGGAGACCCAAUUCUGAAAUAAAUCUACAAUUCUUUUUUUCUUUUUGUUUUUAUGCUGAUGAGUUGAAAUGUUUGGAAAAUAAAGGAAGAAGCUCAACAUCCUCCCGUUAUUUUGAUGAA